AUGUUUCAGGCGUUUUGUUUUAUGACAAUCCUGGCAGUUGCUGCUGCGCAGUAUAAUCACGGGCAUGCUUAUUCAUCUCAACAUUUUAACAAACACGAUGGCAAGCCAGAGAUAGUCCAUGGACAUCACGGACACCAUGAUUACCAUACUCACCCCAAGUACGAGUUCGACUACAAAGUGGUGGACCACCACACGGGCGACAUGAAGCACCAGCAUGAGCACCGCGACGGGGACGUGGUGAAGGGCGUCUACUCGCUGCACCAGCCCGACGGCUCCCAGAGGACCGUGCACUACCACGGGGACCACCACACCGGAUUCCACGCUGAUGUCAAAUUUGAAACACAUCAUCCUCAUCAUUAUCAUCAUUAGAAAAAAAUUGUCCUUUGCUUCGCUUCUAUUGUUGCCUUAGCAACAGCGCAAUAUGGUCAAGGAUACGGGCAUGCCUUUUCAUCCCAACAUCUCUUGAAGCACGAUGGGCAUCCUGAACUGGUUCAUGGGGAACAUGGACAUCACGAUUAUCACACUCACCCCAAGUACGAGUUCGACUACAAGGUGGAGGACCACCACACGGGUGACAUGAAGCACCAGCACGAGCACCGCGACGGGGACGUGGUGAAGGGCGUCUACUCGCUGCACCAGCCCGACGGCUCCGAGAGGACUGUGCACUACCACGGGGACCAUCACACCGGAUUCCAUGCUGAUGUUAAAUUUGGUACUCAUCACAUCGUGCCUCAUCAUCACCAUUAA